CUCUGUUCAAGUUUCAAAACGUAGAUAACGAUGUUCCCCAACGAUAGUCAACUCGAUGUCACAGCAGAGCACGUGAGGACUUUAUUCCCUCCAUCUGCAUCUCUCCUCGCAAUCGUUCGUACUAAUGCAGCUCUAAAGCCCAUGAUUUGCUCAAUUGAAGUCUCUUAAAAUGGCCGACUACCGAGGGCCAGCUCUUCUGGAUUACGCUCGUUUCCAUGGUAUCGCCAUCGACCAUCAAUCCAUCAAUCCUCUUGACCAGGUCCCGCAGCCUCAUGAAUCCAUCAAUGAUACUCUCGCAGAUCCACCAGGCGUUCCAAUCAUCGACCUCUCGAAGUUCCAUUACACUUUAGAACAAGAACUCCGGAGCGAAAAACUGGAGAUCCCCAAGGACGCGGCUCGAUUCCUCUCUUCUGUUAUCCAAGCGGCCUCGAGAAAGUCCAUCGACAUUGAUUGGAACUCCUUCCUACCAGACCGUCACCGUAUUAGGAAUCUGAAGCUAGACCUUCCAUUAGUCAAGAGAAAUUUCGACUUGAGUACCUCACCAGUGCGAGCUGAACGCAUAGCUCUAGACCCAGUCCAACUCCAGCUACCCCGUGAAGAGGUGGAAGACGAACAUGAUGAAGGAUUAGUCUUUCCAAAACAAUACUUUGAUCUAUCAGAUAGGAUCUGGAAGGAGGUUUCUACGGAAAGACUGGAUUGUUCAAGAGAGGAUUUGGAGUUACUGCAGAAGGCAACACGAGUGAAGAGACUUGAUAACGAGUAUAUUAUUGAAACCGUCGAAAAGGGACUUGGAUUCAAGGGAAGAUCUUUGCGGGAUCUAUCGCCGAUUAUCAUUCCUGUGAGGACUGACUAUGGUCCAUGCAUAACGUCGCAACUGGUAUCGAGUGUUCCAUCACUCCAGAGUCCGAAGACAACAGCAAAUAUUGGGGAUGCCGGCAAAGAGUCGCACAUAGAAGAACAUGGCACCACUGAAGAAUUGAACCCAGAGAACGAAGUCCUGGCGACAGAAAUUCAGAAACAUGCUGUACAAAGUCCUGACGCAUACAAUGACCACUUGACUGAUAUCAACGGCAGAGAGAACGGCAAUGCGAACUGCAUGCGAGAAACCCCUUCUGGGCCGCUUUCUUCCCGCACAUCGCUGACAGAGGAACAUACCUAUGAAGAAGCAGACUACUCUUCUCCUCCAGCGCAGCAUUAUAUUCAGGAUCCGCACUUGGACGAUCCCCUAAGCGAACCAAAUACGGCCGGUGAGAUGUUAGAUGAUUAUUUCGACAGAUUCUCGGUUCAUGUGGUUGAGUCAUUUGAAGCAUCAACGAAACGGUUUCUAGAUGAAGAUAGCGCGAGCAAGAUUCCCUCAUCGAAUCCUUUUCCUCCUCUCCCUGAACAAGAGAUGAAUGGAACCAGUGACCCAGCAGAUGUUGAUACACCACCAACAUCACUUGUUAAUGAAAACAUAGCCCAAUCCAACUUGCAUGAGCCAGAGGGUUCAGUGUUUCCAGGUGUGCCCGAGCCAGACAGCGAGAGUGUAUCAUUCUGCGACAGUCUUCAAUCUGACAAUAUAAUUACGGAUAAUGAUAUCCCAACUGAUGACUGCGUGGAUCCUGUUACAGAAUUAUCAUCGAUGGAAACGAUAACUGCAAGAAAAUUUAUCGCGGGAGGAGUCGUUGACAAAAUUCCUCGUAUCAGUUGUGCCCAGGACCAUGUCAAGGAAAGCCCCAGCAAAUUUCUUAGGAAAUGUACUAUCCCAGCCAAGAGCAAAAAGAAAAUUAUGAAAGUCGGGCCGCAGGAGCCUUGCAAACGUACUGAACAGAAAACUGACCAUUCUGGCCGACCUAAAGUGGUUGGAUCUCUGUCUGCGUUUUCCGCCCUUGGAUCUCUCUCCAGUUUCAUGAAAAUCAGAGGUGUGACCCCAAAGAGACAAAAGACAGAGCAGAGUCCUUAUUUUCCGGCUGCGUCUUUGCCCAAUAACCCACUGGUUGGCUCUGACCUGACCAGAGAGCCUCAAGAAGAUUGCACAUCCCACAAGCCGCAUGGCAAAUUAAAUAUUACUCUUCCUAAUACACCACCGACAGCACUAAUUACACGUUCCCUCACUUUCUUGUUAGCUACUUCUCUACUGAAGACGCAUCGUCAUAUAGUGACGUCUCUCGAAACUUCUACACCUGCUCCAACCUUAAUGUUCCGAGAUUACGAAGCCCCUGGGCCUUCGAAGUCAUAUGCGCCUAACAGAAAUUCAUCAACGGUUCUCCCGGAGGCAGAUAUCAUCAUCUCUCCAACAACAGGUAUCAUCCUCACGACGCCACAAGCGACUACUCAAUUGUAUCUACCUGGGCACAAACAUCACACCAGCGUUGAUGGAUUUCCGCCCUUCGACUCUCCGCUUCGGGAAAGGAUAGCAAGACUCUCCCUCCGAUACGACUAUAUAUAUGUCCUUAUCUGUCACGCCCCUAGUAAUACUGUGGGUUUAAACACGACAUCACCAACACUAACAAUGGACCCAAAGACCCUGUUUUCAGUGCAAUCUUUGAUGACAUUUUGCGCAUCUCUGUCAAACUACUCAUCUAUUAUUCCCUUGGUGGUCCCUUCGGUCCAGAACGCUAUCCUAGAAUGGAUAAUCACGCUCGCGAACAAGCACGCAUACUCUUUUAAGAAUUUGAACGAAACAAACAUAGGACCCACUCCAAUAAAUCGACCGAAAUACCAGCCGAGCUUCGAGUCGAUUCAUGAAGAGACGCCCUGGGAACUAUUCCUGCGUCGAGCAGGUUUGAAUCCUUUUGCAGCGUUAGCGGUACUAGACUUUAUAGAGUGGCGGGAGUCAUCAGAAAGUGCAGACCUUCCUGGUUCUGUCAAUGGAGACCGUUGUAGGUCUCGAGGGCUAUCAACUUUCAUUGAAAUGGACCCUGAUGUACGGAGGAAAUUAUUUGAUACGAUAAUUGGAAGGAGGGCAAUCGAAGCGAUUGAGCAUGCAAUCGAAAGAGAAUGGCAUCUUGAGGAAUGGUGUCUUAACUUUUGACCUGGUUCAGGUGUCUGCCACAUGGAAUUCAUGAAGUAACUAGUCAAGGCUCACAACUUCAUUCCAGAUCAUUCAUACCUAAAAGGCUUUCUCUUUACACGCACCAUGGACAGAGCCAAUCCCUUUUC